AUGCGGCGCCUGCGGCGGAGGAGGCUCGCGCCGCCGCCUCGCACCUUCCUCUGCGCGCCGCUGCUCGCCGUGGCGCUGUCGGUGCUGCAGGGCCUCGCCUCAGUUCAUUCUUCAGCCAGUCCGGAUUCUAGUACAUUGAAAGUUGUAGGAUCAACCAAUUUACCAGUCAAAGUUUAUGUCAAGUUGAAUCAUAACAGUCCACGUAUUCUAUGUGUAACAAAGCGUCUGAGAAAUUCAGAAUUGAUCGAUCCAAUAUUUCAGUGGCAUGGACCUGGAGGUGACCUGAUUACAGAAAAUCAGACUGUGAAAAUAACACCAACAGGAACUUUGCUAUUCCGACACUUCAAAAAUCAUUUGAGUGGAGUCUACACAUGUUCUCUUGUUUUUAAGCCAACCAUUGAACAAGAUGAAAAAAGCUAUUUAAUCAAAUAUAUCAUUUAUGCUUACUCUGAGCCUAACUUUUACUAUGAGUUUACAGCACGAUAUCAUGCAGCUCCCUGCAACAGUAUCUAUAAUACUUCAUUUGAAAAGAAGUUGCUUCAGAUACUGACCAAGCUUGUCGUUGAGCUAUCCUGUGAGGUUGUAUUACGCAAAUCAGAAUGCCAUCAUGUAAAAAUGCAGAGAGCUGGAAUGCAAAAUGAAAUCUUCUUCACUUUUACAGUUACUUCUUUAGAUGCAGAGAAAGGCAAAAAUGUGUGUCAGAAAAGUUCUUGCGACGUCACAAGAAGAUUACGAAAGGCAAAAGACCUAAUAGAGAAAUUUUUUAGCCAGCAAGUUGAAGUUCUUGGGAAACGGACAGCACCGCUCCCUGAGAUCUACUAUAUUGAAGGCACUCUGCAAAUGGUGUGGGUUAAUCGUUGUACUCCAGGUUAUGGAAUAAAUCCUCUACUACAUCCAGAUUGUCCUAACUGUUGUGUGGUUUGCAGUCCAGGAUCCUUUAACCCUCAUGAAGGAACUCACUGCCUUCCAUGCAACAAAAGUUUGGAAUAUGGAGCAACACGUUGUUGACAGAAUACCAGCAUAGACCUUGUGCUAUGUUUAGUAGCACUGUUGUACUUGAUUUAUAAUAUCUUUGUAAUGCAAUUAAAAUGAUUUUUUUA